GGAUUAGCUGUUAGUUGAGUGGUUUUUUCUCCAGACAGUGUGACUGACAGCAAGGACUGGGACAAGGGACUUUGGUGCUACUAACGUUAGCUAGCAGCGCAACUUAGCUAAACGUUUUGACUCAGCCUUACCGCUGCGACAGUUGUUGUCUGGCGUUGGCGUUAGCCCUCAGCUGUCGUUGGCUGCUGCUUGCUAAUGUGUAGCUAUAGUUAUUGCCUCCCAGUGGUGGAAAAAGUAUUCAAAUCUUUUAACGACUGGACAGUAGAGAGGAGGGAUGACUUGCAGCAAAGGGCCACAGAUUCCUUGAGUAGUUUGAGAACCUUGAGAGAUUCUCAAGGCGACAUGGCUCCCAAGGACAUCAUGACCAAUUCCCAUGCCAAAUCCAUCCUCAAUGCGAUGAACUCACUCCGCAAGAGCAACACACUCUGUGAUAUCACUCUGAGGGUGGAGAACACAGAUUUCCCAGCUCACCGGAUCGUCUUGGCUGCCUGCAGUGACUACUUUUGUGCCAUGUUCACUAGUGAGCUCGCAGAGAAGGGAAAAUCUUUUGUCGACAUUCAGGGGCUCACUGCAGCGACUAUGGAGAUCCUGUUGGACUUUGUCUACACAGAGACAGUGUUAGUCACAGUGGAGAACGUCCAAGAACUACUCCCUGCAGCGUGUUUGCUGCAGCUCAAAGGGGUGAAAAGAGCAUGUUGUGAUUUUUUGGAGAGUCAGCUUGAUCCCUCCAACUGCCUGGGUAUUCGAGACUUUGCCGAAACUCACAAUUGCCUUGACCUGAUGCAAGCCGCCGAGCUCUUUUCCCAGAAACAUUUCUCCGAGGUGGUUCAGCAUGAGGAGUUCAUGCUGCUCAGCCAGACAGAAGUUGAAAAGCUUAUAAAAUGUGAUGAAAUUCAGGUGGACUCAGAGGAGCCAGUAUUUGAAGCUGUAUUAAACUGGGUCAAACACAACAGAAAAGAGCGAGAGCCCUACCUGCCAGACAUGCUCGAGUUCGUUAGAAUGCCACUUCUGACUCCCCGCUACAUCACAGAUGUCAUUGAUGCCGAGCCCCUCAUUCGGUGUAGCCUGCCAUGCCGAGACCUCGUUGAUGAAGCCAAGAAAUUCCACCUAAGACCGGAGCUGAGGAGCGAGAUGCAGGGCCCACGCACACAAGCUAGACUAGGUGCCAAAGAAGUCCUGUUGGUUAUAGGAGGGUUCGGUAGCCAACAAUCGCCAAUAGACAUAGUUGAGAAAUAUGAUCCGAAAACACAAGAAUGGAGCUUCCUUCCUAACAUUGCACGUAAAAGGCGUUACGUCGCCACGGUGUCCCUCCACGAUCGAGUUUACGUGAUCGGAGGCUAUGACGGUCGGUCAAGGCUCAGCUCCGUGGAGUGCCUGGACUACACAGCAGACGAGGACGGUGUUUGGUACACAGUCGCCACCAUGAAUGUGCGGCGUGGCCUCGCUGGAGCCACAACACUCGGAGACAUGAUCUAUGUUGCCGGUGGCUUCGAUGGCAGCCGCCGUCAUACCAGCAUGGAGCGAUAUGACCCAAACAUUGACCAGUGGAGCAUGCUGGGAGAUAUGCAGACAGCUAGAGAAGGAGCUGGUCUUGUGGUGGCCAGUGGACUCAUAUACUGUCUCGGUGGAUACGAUGGACUGAAUAUCCUGAAUUCAGUAGAGCGGUAUGACCCACACACAGGCCACUGGACAAGUGUUACACCCAUGGCCACCAAGCGGUCAGGAGCUGGUGUGGCUUUACUCAAUGACCAUAUCUAUGUAGUCGGAGGCUUUGAUGGCGUUUCACACCUCGACUCUGUCGAGGUCUACAACAUCAGAACAGACUAUUGGACCACUGUUGCCAGUAUGACCACUCCUCGAUGUUACGUAGGAGCAACCGUUCUCCGAGGACGUCUCUACGCCAUCGCCGGGCUUUUUUCAGAGCAAGUUCAGCCCAGCCGUCAGUCUGUUAACACAGAAGACUUUCGAAAAAACAGCUAAUGUUCGUCAGGCAAAACAAUGGAACCAGACUCAGGUUUGCUGCAAGGACAUGAAACAUCAUCCGUCAACUUGCUGCACCGACCAAUCAAAGAGAUAGCUUCAGCGUUGUAUUUCUAUGAAGAUAAAAUGUUUGCCAUCCAGUGCAGUGAAAUCAUUUCUCUCAGUAUUACAAACCUCUGUACAGUGUUUUCAAAAGCCGGAUUGGCAUGGGACAAAUAUUUCCUUGGGACCUUUAGUAAUUUAUAAUAAUGGCAGGGGACGUCUGAAUCUGCCAGGUCAGUAGUUUGUAAAGUAAAAAUUCCUCUGGGACUUAUCCAACCUUAUUUCACAAAACACAGGUUAUCUGAUAAUAUUAGUCUUGCGUGAAUCAACAUGUCAGUGUUUUCUGUUGUGAGACAAGUGAGCAAUGACAUUUAAUCACUGCAAGUCGACUGCUGCGCUGUGAGAUCAUCAGUAUUGGCACUGGAAAGUCAUUUUCAAUACAGACACAAAGCAUCCUUUACUUAAUAUCAGUGACCUGCACAUUAUACCCAUGAGACAAGUCAGUAAGCAUGAAUAGAAUAGAGACCUCAUUUAUACCAUGUGAUUGCACCACACUAAAUACAAACAUGUCGUUGAGUAACAGAUUCAAGACUUAGACACUUUUAGAAAUUACAAACUGAACCCUCUGGAUCAUAUUUAUUGUCUCAUCAAACUUUGUUUCCCCAGACAGUGAUUCCUGUCGGGCCAAAGCAACAGCGCUGUAAAAACACUGUGAAUUUGAAAGAUCUCCAUUUGAUUUGAUGUGCAGACGCCUCCUGUUUGCUUCAGAUAAACUUUGGUUUAUACAGUCUAUACAAACCAGAUUCCAACAAAUAUGAGACACUGUGGCAACUUCAAAUCUAAAUACAAGUGUUAAGUUACAGAAAGCAAAAUUUGAGCAUUGACUAUCAUGUUUCUGUCUGACAUUCAGUUCAGUAUCAAAGAUCAGAAAGGAUUUGCUAAUCAUUAUAUUCUGUUUUUAUUUAAUUAGAUUUUACUCAGCAGCCCAACGUCUUUGGAAAUGAAGCCUGUGGAAUAAAAAAUACACACAUAAUGAGUUCACUGUGGAUUUUGUCCAUCGUCACUAACGCUGAAAGUGUUUUAGCAAGAGAUCUCUUGAUGACAAGUAUAAACAGGAUGAAUAAUUAUAGCAAACAAAACUUGCUUCAGUGUUCAUGUCGACAGCUGACUAUUGUUUUAAGACAGACUCUUUUCUGAGUUAAACGUACUACAGAGAAGUGUCGUCUUCCUCUGUCUUUUGUAACAUAGAGUAAAACUGUCUUCUUCACUUCUUUUUAGCAGAAAAGUUGUGAAAUUUAUCUGGAUGCUCAAACUGCGGGACAUGUUGGGCAACUGAACAGAAGUCCCGACAGUGUUUGUGCUAAUUCCUUUACACUCUGCUAGUUGAACUAGCUGGACCUUCACUCUCCAUGUUACACAACGCAUAGAAUUAAUUAACUUUUGAUUGAUCCCAUGGUCAGUGGUUACAACACACUGCCGCACUGCAUCAAUGUAACCUCUUUCAGCAGUACAGUGUGAAGUUAAAACUCUCUGCUUGCCUCACGUCUCU